GAGAAAGAGAAAGCAUAGCUAAAAGGAAAGAGAGACUCUUCUCAAAGACUUAACUGAGUUCUUACGUAGUGACGCGUUUUUUCUACUUUCGUUUUCCACCAAACCCUUCUUCAUUCUUCAAACUCCAACUUCUUCUUCAUCAAUCAUCCAUUUUCGUUUUAUUUGUUUUUUAAUUUUCUUUUUCCGAUUCGUUCUUUCGUUUAAUUCUUUCUCUGCGUCGAAAUCAAACAGUGAAAAAAUGAGUGACAAUUUGAUGGAAAAAGUGACCUCAUUAGGAGAGAGAUUGAAAAUCGGCGGUGUAGAAGUAGGUAGAAAGAUGAGUGAAGGUAUGAGUUCCAUGAGUUUCAAGGUUAAAGAAUUCUUCCAAGGUCCCAAUCAAGUCGACAAGCUCGUCGAAGAUGCAACUUCCGAAUCACACGAAGAACCUGAUUGGGCUAUGAAUCUCGAUCUAUGUGACUUAAUUAAUACGGAGAAAGUUAACAGCGUUGAAUUGAUCCGUGGAAUUAAGAAACGGAUCGUGAUUAAAAGUCCUAGGGUUCAGUAUUUGGCUUUGGUUUUGCUUGAAACUAUUGUUAAGAAUUGUGAAAAGGCGUUUUCUGAAGUUGCUGCUGAGAGAGUGCUUGAUGAGAUGGUAAGACUUAUUGAUGAUCCUCAAACUGUUGUUAAUAAUCGGAAUAAGGCUUUGAUGAUGAUUGAAGCUUGGGGUGAGUCCACCGGUGAACUUCGUUAUCUUCCUGUUUAUGAAGAAACCUAUAAGAGUUUGAGAUCAAGGGGUAUUAGGUUUCCUGGUCGUGAUAAUGAAAGCUUGGCUCCGAUUUUCACUCCUCCACGAUCGUCUUCUGUGCCAGAGCCACCUUAUGUUGAUGAUGUUCCACGCCAGUUUCAGCAUGAUGUUCCUGUGCUGGUUUUUACGCCAGAACAGACAAAGGAAGUUUUUGAUGUUGCGAGAAAUAGCAUUGAGCUUCUUUCUACUGUGUUAUCAUCUUCACCACAACAGGAUGUUUUGCAGGAUGAUUUGACCACCACACUUGUACACCAGUGUCGUCGCUCGCAGACUACUGUCCAGCGAAUUGUUGAAACUGCUGGGGACAAUGAAGCACUUCUUUUUGAGGCCUUGAAUGUUAAUGAUGAGAUUCAGAAGGUUCUUACCAAGUAUGAAGAGUUGAAACCACCUCCAGUUGCUCCCCUUCAUCCUGAACCAGCUAUGAUACCUGUUGCUGUUGAGCCAGAUGAGUCACCUCGUCAUCUUGAUACUAAAGAGGACUCCUUGAUUAGAAAGCCAGCUGGAUCAAGACCUGGUGUCCAGGGAGGUAGCAACGAUGACAUGAUGGAUGAUCUUGAUGAGAUGAUUUUUGGGAAGAAAUCUGGGGAUGCAUCAGACGGAGGACAUGACACAAAAAAGCAGCAACCACCCAAAGAUGAUCUCAUCUCCUUCUAAGCUGCACUAAUAAUUGACAUUGAACUGUCUUUAACGUCUCGCUACUUAUAUACAAAGUUGUUGAUUGUGAACUUUCUUCAGAAUUUCAGAUUGCAUGUUCCAUUGUUAUUAUUAUUAUUGCAUUUUUUGUGCAAUUUAUGUUUGAAAUAUGGUAUAUAAGUUCUUGAUAAGGUAUAGAUGUGAGACUCUGAAGAAACAAUGGGCUUCAAUCAUAUUUUUUAUAA